AUGGACCUGACUCCCCUCCUGUCUCGGUCAGUGGCUAGUGCAGUUGACUCAGAGCUACUUCUUCACCUACCCUUGGAGCCUUCGCUGCCUGCAGAUCCCGCUGCACACUCAACCGCCCAGGCGGGUUUGCAACCGCCAUGCCCUGGGCCCCAGACCCUUCUGGCCACGGCGCCUCUGCCAAAUCCCAUUCUCAGUGCCGUUUCUAGGGAAUCCAGAGGGGAGUCCAGGCUAAUACACUCCAUGAGAAACAAUGGGGAAUGUAGGUAUCUGCCUUUCGAUGGGGACCAUCAACAGAUCCCAAUAAAAGACGCUUGCUCCUUGGAAGAAAAGCUGUGA